ACUCCUCCUCCCUUAAACCCCUCCUCGUCUUUAGCUGGAAUUCUAACUGGCUAGAGUAGGCUCCAUCUUGAUUUUGUCGUUCAGAAGUUUCAGAGUUGAUGUGCAAUUUUCUCAAUAUGUCAAGACUUUCAGAGUUGAUGUGCAAUUUUCUCAAUAUGUCAAGACGAGAUCAUCCGAGAUCAUGCCUUCACGUGAUACGGAUGGCAUGUCUUGUCAUUUCGGCAUGCGAGGUGGCAGAGAGAGUAGCGUAUUACGCCAUAUCUUCCACUCUCACAGUCUACCUUACGACAGUCCUGCAAGAGACCGAGGCCGAGGCAGCAAAAAACUAUAUCAUCUGGGCAGGAACUACGUUUCUUACUCCCAUUAUUGGAGCAUUUGUUGCGGAUGCAUUCUUGAGUCGUUAUUGGACCAUCGUCUGGUCCAUGAUAAUAUAUUUCCUGGCAUUGGUUUGUGUCACGGUCUCCAUGUCCUUCGAGCCAUUCAAACCUCCGACGUGUGAUCAUCAUCUCCUCCCCACCAUGUGCGACAAGCCUAGUGUGCCCCAAAGAGUCUUCUUCUAUGGUUCAUUGUACUUGAUGGCCUUUGGAGCGGGAGGAAUCAAGGCAUGUGUGACGGCAUUCUCUGCAGACCAAUUCGACGACACUGAUCCUGGGCAGAACCAUGAGAGGGUGUCGUUCAUGAACUUGUGGUGUUUCAGUCUGAGCGUCGAGCGUAUCAUGGGUUCGGUGGCCUUCUUCCCUUGGGUGCAGGAACAGUAUGGUUGGGUAUGGGUCGGAGCAAUUCCAGCCGGAAUCGUUGGAUUUGUAUCUCUGAGUUUCAUUUUCGCUCAUCCUCUGUACUACCAUCAAAGCCCCUCUGGAAGUGCUUUCACAAGAGUUCUCCAGAUUCUGGUGGCUGCUUUCGAGAAGAGAAACUUGGAACUGCAACCUGAUCUUCGCGAGCUGUUUGACCUGAGCCCGUAUUAUUCAGAAGUUUCCAUAUGUGGUGUUGCUUGA